CGCCAUGGAACCGGCCCCCUCCGCCGGCGCCGAGCCUCAGCCCCUGGUCUUCGCCAACAUCUCCGACGCCGAUCCCAGCGCCUUCCCCAGCGUGGGCGCCAAUGCGUCGGGGCCCCCGGGCGCACGGAGCGCCUCUUCCCUCGCCCUGGCUGUCGCCAUCACCGCGCUCUACUCGGCCGUGUGCGCCGUGGGUCUGCUGGGCAACGUGCUGGUCAUGUUUGGCAUCGUCCGGUACACUAAGUUGAAGACGGCCACCAACAUCUACAUCUUCAACCUGGCCUUGGCUGAUGCACUGGCCACCAGCACGCUGCCCUUCCAGAGCGCCAAGUACCUGAUGGAGACCUGGCCCUUCGGGGAGCUGCUGUGCAAAGCCGUGCUCUCCAUCGACUACUACAAUAUGUUCACCAGCAUCUUCACACUCACUAUGAUGAGUGUGGACCGCUACAUCGCUGUCUGCCAUCCUGUCAAGGCACUGGACUUCCGUACGCCCGCCAAGGCUAAACUGAUCAACAUUUGCAUCUGGGUCCUGGCUUCUGGGGUUGGGGUCCCUAUCAUGGUCAUGGCUGUGACCCGGACCCGGGAUGGGGUAGUGGUAUGCAUGCUCCAGUUCCCCAGCCCCAGCUGGUACUGGGACACGGUGACCAAGAUCUGUGUGUUCCUCUUCGCCUUCGUCGUGCCCAUCCUCAUCAUCACCGUGUGCUACGGCCUGAUGCUGCUGCGCCUGCGCAGCGUGCGCCUGCUGUCGGGCUCCAAGGAGAAGGACCGCAGCCUGCGGCGCAUCACACGCAUGGUGCUGGUGGUGGUGGGCGCUUUCGUGGUGUGCUGGGCGCCCAUCCACAUCUUCGUCAUCGUCUGGACGCUGGUGGACAUCGAUCGGCGGGACCCGCUCGUGGUGGCCGCGCUGCACCUGUGCAUCGCGCUGGGCUACGCCAACAGCAGCCUCAACCCUGUGCUCUACGCCUUCCUCGACGAGAAUUUCAAGCGCUGCUUCCGCCAGCUCUGCCGCGCGCCCUGCGGCCGCCGCUUUGUCUUCCCCAGCUGCCCCAGCCCCCCAGCUUCCUCCUUCAAACUGCUGAGGGCCAGCUUUGUCCUGGGUUGGGUGUAG